CACCCCAUUCCCGAGUCUCACAUGUCUGAUCCCAAGAACAAGGGCCAGGUACCCUUGAGCCUUGGGGUCAGCACGAACGCCACCUAGGCAACUGGGAUGAGUCCCAUUUUGAGCCUCUACACCCCUCUACUGUCGAAGGGUGUGUUUUGCAGUGGACCGACUGUUUGGACUCUAAUUACGUGUGUGCCAGGACUGGUGCUGGAAGUAUUUCCAUUCUCCGGAGGUACGUUCACUGUCCAGGUAUUUCGGGCCUAUCCUUUCGUCCACCCGAGAUACCUAGAUCAAAGCUUUGUUUGCAAUACAAUGCCCGUAUUUGUGGUGCUUCCGAAGAUGAGACCGAGCCAACAUCAUACGUUCCUGUCACGACCUUUGGAUGAAAAGGAUGCGACUCAGCAAACUCUUCGUUGCAGACCGCAGUAAUGGGAUUUGAACAUUCCCGGUACUUUGGAACGUUUAAUUCAUUUAAUAACAAAUUACCC